CUCUGUGAAGUGACAAAAUAGCCCAUUUCUCCUUCCUUCCCGUGAAACCCAUUCUCGCUCAAUUCAAUCCCCAUCCCGAACUGCCUGCCCUGCCUCCGCUCUGAGAAAUACCCGAAACCCAAUUAAUUAAUCAACCAAUGGUAUCAUUGAGUAGCCUGCGGUUUGAGUCCAUCUGAUCACUGUGCUUCAUAUGGGUAUUUCGUAUUAGCGUCCCAGAGUGAAGUGUGUCAAGUAAUACGAAUAAAUGUAUGGGUAGUAAGUAUGGCAUUUAAAGGGAGAAAAGGAAAAGAACUAAAGAGAGAGAGGGCAGCAGGGAAGGGAGGAGCGGAGGAAAAGCAAAAGAAGAGGUCUUUCUCAUACACGGAUCCCUAUGGAAUGCAGGAAUGAUGCCCAGCACUGCUUGCUGGAACUCAUUCUUUUUGUUUAGUUUAAAGGGACCUGCUUUGUUCGCUUUGGAAAUCUUUUCAGAGCAAAAGAGAGAGGGCAUAGAUUUUGCUAUUCAGUGUGCUUGGAUUUUGUUCAGAUGGAUGGUUAGAUUUUCUUUUAUAAUGAGAUGUGCAGCUACCCAACAAAAUACACUACUCUCAGGGGGUUCAAAAUGGAGGGAAGCAAAGCAAAGGGGUUCUUUGUAUAUGAUUAGGUUAUUUGUCUCCCAAUGAUUGAGUUGCCUUGCACCAAGAGAAACUUGUCAAGAAUCUCUUCGGGUGGUAAAGGAGAUUCAUUCACUGAAAAGAAAAAAUGAAGCCCAUGAGCAAUGAUGGUAACACCUCCCAUGGUAACAACUGGCUGGGCUUUUCCCUCUCCCCUUGCUUGAACAUGGAGCUUCCCUCACAGCCACAUCAAACUCACCCUCCAUCCUCUGUUGUUUCCUCUGCAAAUUCCUUUAAUUUCCCUACUCACUAUAGCUACACUGGCGCCUGUUAUGGCGGUGAAAAUGGUGGCUUUGGAUCUGCUUUGACUAUGAUGCCGCUCAAGUCUGAUGGAUCACUGUGCAUGAUGGAAGCUCUCAACAACUCACACCCACAAGGAAUGGUGACAAAUUCCACACCAAAACUGGAGGAUUUCUUUGGAGGAGAAACAAUGGGGACCCAUCAUUAUGAAGGCAGUGACAGAGAAGCUAUGGCUCUGAGUUUAGAUAGCAUCUACUACCAGCAUAACCCCGAUCAUGAGACCAACAGCCAAGACUUGCUGAACCAUUUCCAGCACAGCUCUAGGCAGCAAAAUCAUCACAUUCAAGUUCAACAAUACUCUGGUUACUCUGCAUUUAGGGGCCCUGAAAUGUACCAAACACCUCUAGAGGAGGAGACCAAGGAAACGCAACUAGCAGAAAAUGAAAUCUCUGGCAUGAAGAACUGGGUUUCAGGUAGCUAUCCUGCUAAGAUGAUUGGCUGCAUGGGGGGAAAUGGUGGAGAAAAUGGGUCUCUGAGUGUGUUGAGAUAUGGGGAUUUACAAUCCCUGAGCUUGUCCAUGAGCCCUGGCUCCCAGUCAAGCUGUGUAACUGGUUCACAUCAGAUUUCACCCGCCGUAACGGAGUGUGCAGCCUUGGAAACAAAGAAAAGAGGAUCUGAGAAGCUCGAACAGAAGCAGAUUGUUUAUAGGAAGUCCAUAGAUACAUUUGGGCAGAGAACUUCACAGUACAGAGGUGUCACAAGGCAUAGGUGGACUGGUAGAUAUGAAGCCCAUCUAUGGGACAACAGUUGCAAGAAAGAGGGACAGAGCAGGAAAGGAAGACAAGUUUAUCUGGGGGGUUAUGAUAAGGAAGAAAAGGCUGCAAGAGCUUACGAUUUAGCGGCACUAAAGUACUGGGGACCUUCAACCCACAUCAAUUUUCCGUUGGAAAACUAUCAAGAAGAACUUGAAGAAAUGAAGAACAUGACCAGACAAGAAUAUGUUGCUCACUUAAGAAGGAAAAGCAGCGGCUUUUCGAGGGGUGCUUCGAUUUAUAGGGGAGUCACAAGGCAUCACCAACAUGGACGCUGGCAAGCUCGGAUAGGCAGAGUUGCAGGAAACAAGGACCUUUAUCUAGGGACAUUUGGCACCCAAGAGGAAGCGGCUGAGGCCUAUGACAUAGCGGCAAUAAAAUUCCGCGGGGCUAAUGCUGUCACUAACUUCGACACAUCAAGGUACGACGUAGAGCGCAUCAUGGCCAGCAACACCAUUCUUGCCGGAGAACUUGCUAGGCGAAACAAGGAGGAGAUCGAGUUCACCAAAGAGGUCGUCCCUAAUGAAAACCCUUCUAGCACUCUCAAUAACAAUGGCGAGAAAAAUGGAAGUGAAUCGGAUUGGAAAAUGACACUGCACCAAUCCUCCCAAGCCAAUAACGGGCUUAACAAUUAUGAAAAACCAUAUUUCUCCAUGGCUGCAAAUGAUCUUCUGAUGGGGACUCAGCAAGAGCUCCGUCAUGACUUGGCUGCAGCAGGGAAGACGGCGAGCCACUUGUCAAAUGCCUCGUCGCUCGUGACGAGCCUAGGCAGCUCGAGAGAAGGCAGCCCUGAUAAACAACAGAAUAACUUGGCAUUGCCAUUGGCGUCCAAGUUUUUCACCGCUACUUCCAGUGCUACAGAUGGUACCAUGACUUGGGCAUCAACAUCAUCAGCCCAGCUGAGGGCUCAGAUGCCUUUGCUGCAUGCAUGGACUACUACUGAUGCAUCAUCAUCAUGAUAUAUGUUCAAGGCCUCUAUCAUCAAAUAGAUAGAUAGAUAGAGAGAGAGAGAGAGAGAGAGAGAGAGAGAGAGAGGGUUGCUUAGUUCCAUGUUUUGUUUUCUGUUCUGAAUUACUGGCUGAAAAUUAGAGGUCCAUGCAUGGCGGGACCUGCGAACUGUUUUGUCAAAGCUCACAACUCCUAUCUUGGCUAAAAUGAAAUAUGUGUUGAAGAUAAAGAUCCGUUCAGUCAAAUAAUUGGUGACGAUAUUUUUAGCUUUA